AUGAGGGAAGCCGGAGGAGGCGGAGGGGCCUCUAAGCCAUCCACCAGGCGAUGCUGCUGCCUUGCUCUCCUCCCUCGGUCUCUCUCUCUCUGCCUGUCUCUCGCUGCCUUUGCCACCUGCUCCCUCUGCCUCCGAAUCCGGCUCUCCGCCUGGCGCCUCAGCAUCUCCCCCUCCUCACUGGCAGAAGGAGGGCCUGGCUGCCCGUCUCUCGCUCUCAUUGGCUGCCAAGGGUGCCAAUCACCCCACUUCAUGUUUUGGCCAGACCUCACCUGGAAUCAAACUGUGUCCAGUUCUGGGCACCGCCGUGCAAGAAGGAGGUGGGCAGGAUUGACCGAUCGUGGCUGGAGAAGAGCCCCCGAAAGGAUUUUCGAAGUUGGUGAAGUGUGUUUUGCGAACCCUACAGAGACCUUCAUCCUGCUCAAGAGGUUUCUGAAGCAUCCCAAACGGAGUCCCUCGGUUGCUCUUUUCCCUUCUGUCCUGUUUCUCCCGCUCAGGUCUGCCGGCCAUGGGCAACCUGAUAAAGGUACUGGGAAAAGAUUUAGAAAACUGCCCUCAUUUUUUCCUGGAUUUCGAAAGUGUCACAUGGGGAACCUUCUUAAAGUCUUGACUUAUAGCGAACUUGACCAAGGGCCUAUUUUUUUCCUUGACUUUGAACAUGCCCAGCCGACCGAAGCCGAGACCGCCGUCUGGAACCAGGUGAACGCCGUCCUGGAAGAGGCCCAGACCAUCCUGGCCGAGCUGCAGUCCUACACCGGAGCCGGGCAAGAAAUCCGGGAGGCCAUCCAAAAUCCCAGCGACUUGCAGCUACAGGAGAAGGCAUGGAACGCUGUGUGUCCCUUGGUGGCCAAGCUCAAGCGCUUCUAUGAGUUCUCCCUCCGACUUGAGAACGCCUUGCGAAGCCUUCUGGAAGCCCUGACCAGCCCUCCUUAUGCGCCGACACAGCACUUGGAGCGGGAGCAGGCCCUGGCCAAGCAGUUUGCCGAAAUCCUGCACUUCACUCUCAGUUUCGAUGAACUCAAGAUGACCAACCCUGCCAUCCAGAAUGACUUCAGCUACUACAGAAGGACCAUCAGCCGAAACCGAAUCAACAAUUUGCAAUUAGAUGCUGAGAGCGAAGUGAACAACGAAAUGGCCAACCGGAUGUCGCUCUUCUACGCCGAAGCCACGCCGAUGCUGAAAACCCUCAGCAACGCCACCACCAAGUUCGUGUCGGAGAAUAAAACCCUCCCGAUCGAGGAUACAACCGACUGCUUAAGCACCAUGGCCUGCGUCUGCCGGGUGAUGCUGGAAACUCCGGAAUAUCGGAGCCGGUUCACCAACACGGAGACACUCCUUUUCUGCAUGCGGGUGAUGGUGGGCGUCAUCAUCCUCUAUGACCACGUCCACCCUGUCGGGGCCUUUGCCAAGACCUCCAAAAUCGACAUGAAAGGAUGUAUCAAGGUCUUGAAAGACCAGCCUUCCAACAGCACAGAGGGCCUUCUGAAUGCACUGAGGUACACCACCCGGCAUCUGAACGACGACACCACCUCCAAGCAGAUCCGGGCCUUGCUGCAGUGAGCCACACAGGAAGGAAGGAAGGAAGCCCCUCGCCUUCUCUGGAGACCCGGAAGGGAAUAAUGUACUCCAUGGAACCUUCAGCUGAAAGUUUUAAUGUUGACAUGUUGCUAUAAAUAACCAUUGGCCCAUCAUAUUUCUCAUUUUGUAAAAAGAAGAAGAGGAAGAUGACGAAAUAAAGGGAGAAGAAGGAGGAGGAGAAGAAAACGAUAGGUGGGGAACUACCAUGAGAUCAUCCAGGUAGCCGAGUGCCAACGUGUUCCGUCUCCCAAGAUCACCCCGCCUUCAGCAACGGCCAAAGUGCGUUGAUGUUGUCUUCCUGCCUGCUCCAUUUCCAGACCCACUUGCAGCUGUCCAAAAGUCCCGUCCUUGGACGUGGCGACGGAGCUGCGGACAAGUUUCCAAAGAGAAGGAGGCCAUCUGCUCCAAAGCACCUUGGAGAGCUCUUUGGGAAAGCAUGAAGCUCGUCCUGAGCUGAGAAGACGGAGACCGUCCCUUUUAAGAAGGAUGUCCAAUGGAGACCUUGGGACGUGGUGGGAAGUCCUCCUUUAGACUCGCUUCUGGAGUCCAGAGACAGGUCACCAGACUCUGGGGAAGCUGGGGAGGCGGAAAGGGGAGCAGGAAGCAGGGAGAGUGGCUCUCUGGAUCUGAGAUGUAAAUAGUGUGCCUGGGAAGUGACUGCCAAUUGGCGACGAGGACAAUGGGUGGGAACGGGGAUGAUGGCGGACAUCAUCGUUAAAAAAAAUUAUAUCUUCCAACACUUGACUCCAUUCAAAAUGGCUCGGUCACACCUUUUAGAUUUUUAAUAUAAACAAUUAAAAUCCACUCACCUGUU